GAAACAGUUGCUACUAUUGACAUUGAUCAAUGGUUGAUCGACGCGCGCGCAGAUUUAGUAAAUAUAACAAAAGUGAAAAGUGAAGUUUUAGUUAAACAAAAUGGCAGUCUGGCAUCUUCUCUCAAUAUUAUUUAUCACCCAGGCGUCAUGUGCUGAAGAUCAAUAUUUACGGCGCGUCAAAGACAGCUGCCUUACACAAGGCGAGGCUUUGUCUUGUGUCAAAUAUAAAGCUUUGAAAAUUGCAAAGAAAACUCUAUUCGGGGAUAUGAACAAUAAUGAGACGAUAGUGGCCAAUGAGGUUAUAAGCUUUGUGCCUUUGACUGAUGUGAGUAACUUGAAUAUGACAGAAGAAGUGGACUUUCUUGAUGGAAGAAGAAGUAUUAUUUCGGAGUGGACAGAAAUUGCCAAGUACUUUAUGAGUUUGAUAAGAGAGUUCUUUAAGAUGAAGGGAUUAAGGGUCAACUUGCCACCUGGAGCGCGGACUAUUGAGGAACCGGAUACUAGCGAUGACGGACGCGGUAAAAAGAAGAAGCUGGCGAUAAUGAUACCAUUCCUCAAUCUGAUGGCAACGUUGAAGACAAAGAUGCUGUUGAUCCCAAUUCUUCUUGGAGUUAUGCUGAUUAAGAAAUUGCUGUUGAUUGCUGCGUUGUUAUUGCCCAGUUUACUCAGCACGUUGAAGGCUUGCAAGCAACAUCAUCCAAUGACCCAUUACUCCUAUUUCGGCAGUGACUCGCAAGAUUACAACUCGGACUACUCUAACAGCUAUGCCUAUUCCGCUGGUGGUGGGUACGGCAAGGACUGGCCAUCAAAUAGAGCGUAUACGAUCUCAAAGCAUAGGCCCACCCCAGCUCCAGCGUAUUAUACUGCUCCUGGGAACACACAAUAGAAAACAAUUAUUUAUUUAUUCUAUUUUUUCUUUCUGCUAGCUCUUAGAAAAACUCUUUCGAGAACCGGAAACAAUAACCAUGGCCCAAAGGCGAAAACAACUUAUCUUUGGUGACUUGCUUAUUUGUAUACGAAAAAACAUUUGACAAUCACCAACCAUGAUAGUAUAUUUACUUAAGGAACUCGUCCCUUAGAAAAGUUUGUUUAUAACAAUUGGUUAUAGCAAUAGGUUUUAUUAUUUUUUAAAUAUUCAGUUAUGCUUAUUUCACGGCUUUUGAAAACCAGCAGCGUUUAAAAACAAACUGUGGUUUGGUGAAUUGAAGAAAUUAAUUUUUUUAUAUUUAAAACUCUCCUUAUCAUCUUUCAAUGAAUAUUGAGAGUUUUCAAUCCUAGAAUUUAACUUUAUAAGUUCUUUUAAAUAUAUUUUAUAAGUAUUUAAAAUACUCCCGACUGUCUUCACCUAAUUUAAUUUUGUUUAUGUAUAGAUAUUAGCUAACUUAUGAAAAUAGGGUUUAAUCAUAAGUAGGUUGCAUUUAUCUAGUAUAAGUUUUAAUUGUAAUAUUUAUUCUAUUAU